AUGUAUCAGUACCAGGACAGUAAUCCUGAUAUUGUGGAGGAUCCCUCCCCCUCACCUCCAGUACCUACUGACAUUCCCGAGGAUGCCAUCAAUGCCAGAGUACCACUGAAUGCUCUCUAUCAAGUGUUGCACCACGGAGAGAACGCUAGUGGUGAUAGUGUAUCAGCUGAUCCAGAGGAUGCCACAUCUAAGGAGAAGCUGUCAAGUGUGUACCAGGAGUUGGGCAGUGAUAAUUUAGAACCUCUUCCCUACAAAGUCCUUGUGGUACAUCUCCUCAUACAAGAUGUAAUGGCUGCCUGUCAAACAUUUAAAUCUCUGGAUAUUCGUGGAAUUCUUAAUAAUUCAACCCAAGAUAUGGAUAUCCACAGCACAAAAACAAUGGAAUAGAAGAAAACAAAUGCUUCAGGAAGUGAUAAUUUAGAAGAUUCUUCCUUUUUUGCAUAUACUU